AGCAUCUGAUUAGCGGCACACACAGUAUCGGCGGGGCGGCGGGCAGGGGCUGAGCUAAGGCGGCCGGAGGAGGAGGAGGAACAGCGGCAGCAGGGGAGGAAGGAGCAGCAGCAGCGACAGCGACUGACAGCCGCACAUCCCAGCAGCCAGGGGCGAUUAGCAGCACUGUGUGAACAUGACAUUUUGCUGAGCAGUAUUUGGUGUUCCCCUGCCAUCUGUAAAGCUUGACUCUUAUUUAAUGAUCGUGACAUUGUGAGGCAGGCCUCCAGUCAUGUCUACUGAUGUAGAAACCAGCACCAGCACUGCCACCGAAGUACCACCACCACCAGCAGCAAAGCCACCGUCCAAGAAGGAAAAGAAAAAAGGACCAGAAAAAACAGAUGAAUUCCUUUUGGCCAGAUUCAAGGGAGAUGGGGUGAGAUACAAAGCCAAACUAAUUGGCAUUGAUGAUGUCCCCGAAGCCAGAGGAGACAAAAUGAGCCAAGACUCCAUGAUGAAGCUUAAGGGGAUGGCUGUGGCGGCUCGUUCUCAGGGACAACAUAAACAGAGAAUUUGGGUCAACAUUUCACUUUCUGGAAUAAAAAUCAUAGAUGAGAAAACCGGAGUAAUAGAGCAUGAACAUCCUGUUAAUAAAAUUUCAUUCAUUGCUCGAGACGUGACGGAUAACCGCGCAUUCGGAUACGUUUGUGGAGCGGAAGGGCAGCACCAGUUUUUCGCAAUAAAAACGGCCCAGCAGGCUGAACCUUUGGUUGUCGAUCUAAAAGAUCUUUUCCAAGUUAUCUAUAACAUAAAGAAAAGAGAGGAUGAAGACAAGAAGAGGAGCGAUGAAAGCAGUCAGCCUUUAGAGAAUGGCAGCGACGCCCUGCUCAACAUUAACGAGGAAGUUGACAAACUAAAACUGGGUGUUGACCAGAUGAAUUUAUUUGGUGAUAUGUCCACGCCCCCUGACCUCCACAGUCCCACAGAAAGUAAUGAAAUCCUGUUAGUGGAUCUAAACACUGAAAUCGACACCAAUCAAAAUUGUGUAAAAGGAAAUCCCUUCCUAUCCAAUGGCUUCAUCAGUGCAUGUUCUCCUCUUCCUCAUCCACAACCACAGUCACCUUUCUCACCUGAGAAACCAUUUUCUGCCAAUCUCAGCUUCUUUCCUACUCCCAAUCCAGAUCCUUUUUGUGACGAUCCUUUCACUGCCACAGAUCAAUCACCCUAUUCUUCUCCACUUGAUUCUUCGAAAUUCAUAAAUCACCUCAAAGAAAACUUAAGCAGCUUAGAGAAUGGUUCAGAAAAGAAUGGCGUUCUGACAAAUGAUAUUGAGUUUGGCCAGAAGUUUGACCAAAUUUCUAACCAUUCUGGUAAACAGGACGCAAAGUCAGAUCAUUGGCCUUUUAAGCCUAACCAGUCCCUCCCUAGAGCAAGGACUCACAAUGGUGGACUGGAGCACAGACUCAAUGGCCCCUUGAUCAGCCCCCCACCAAAUCCAUUUGCUGAAGGCACAGCUAAGGGAGUCGAUCUGCAAAAUGGAAUAAGAAGGAACUCAGACACCAAUGUCAGUCACAAGCCAGACCCUGUUAAUUCCCUUCCGUGUGAUCCUAUAGCAAUAAUCCCACCACCACAAAGUACCAAGCCUGGAAGAGGCAGGAGAAGUGCGAAGGCAACAUCCGAUGAUUUGUUUGGGUCAGACAUCUUUCCAUCAAAUUCAGAGCCAGCGCCAGCUGUAGGUCCUACUGCUCAGCCAGCCCCAGCGCCAACAAACCCAUUGGAUCUGUUUAACACCUCAGGUCACUCAUCUGCCACUGGAAGCCUUGGAGCCCUGACAGUAAAUUCAUCUCAUGCACAACAAUGGAAUACCCAGUCCUUAGUUUUUAAUCAACCUUCUGCAACACUUCACACACCUGUGCUAGGUGUACAGCCUGGUUUUAGUCAGCCAAAUGUUCUUGGAUCAGCAUCAAUGACAUCAUGGAAUCAACCACCAGGUUUAAUAGCUUCCCCACCAAUGCAGAAUCCCUCGCUGUGGAAUCAGCCUGUAUCAAUCCAGCCAAAUGUUUGGCCCCAACAAGGAGGCUUAAAUAACCCUUUCCAGGUCAAUAUGUUUGCACCAAGACCACCUGUAUUACCAUCAGCACUAACAUCAUCAGGUCCUGCUCUCACAAGUCCUCCUCAGCCACCACCCAGGCCAGCACCUCAAAAGGAGUCACCUAAGAAAGAAAGUGAUGCCUUCACUGCUCUAGAUCCUCUUGGUGAGAAAGAGAAGAAGAGCGUUAAAGACAUGUUUAAAGACUAUCAGUUGACAAAGCCGCCCGCCGUUCCUGCAAGGCGAGGAGAACAUCAGCAAAACAGCAAUUCCAGCUCUACUGGAGCUUUUAACAACUAUUUUACUAACAAAGUAGGAAUUCCCCAAGAUAGUGCUGAUCAUGAUGAUUUUGACAUCAAUCAACUUUCAUCUAGGAUUAAUGACCCACCAAAGCCUGCCCCACGAAUACAAACACUGCCAAUGUCAAAGCCCGCUGAGGGGUUAUUUGAAAAUCCCUUUGGUUCAGAUUCUUUCACUUCAUUACAGAACUCUAAAGCCACAGCACAUCAGUUGACAUCUUCUGAUCCAUUCGGGGAUCCAUUUGGGAAUCCAUUUGCUUAAGAAAGUUUCUGCUACAUUUCCAUGGACAAAACAACAAGCAAAAAAUAUACAGAAGAUACUUGCCAGCCUCAAUGAGACAUCUCAUCCUUUUCCAGUUUAUUCAUUGCCAAAAAACUUCCAAAUAAUUCCCACCGGAUUCCACCUAAUUAGGGACAGUUGUGGUUUAUUAAUUCCAAGGCUCCAUGUCUGAAAAAUUCAAGACAGCCCUUUCUGUUUUUAGUUUUUGUUCACAUACAUGAAAUUACCAUUUUAUUCAAUAACCACAUUCACAUUUCCACUUGCUGUGCGGAAAAAGUUCAUGGCAUUUUAGUGAGUAGCCAAGACAUGCAAACAAAUAGUAUCCUCAACUAUAUACUAGUAGGAAUGUCCAAUGCAACAUGGAAUCCGAAUUAUGGCGGAUUUUGGUGCAGAACUGCAUAAUCGAGCAGUUUCAUCCCGAAAUCCGCUCCAUGUCUCAAUAGCUACAGGGGCAGGCACAUCAGGAAGUUUUUAGGACUGUAGUGUUUACUACAAUUCCCCAAGUGAGAGCAGACAGAGACAUAUCAUUUGAGUGUUGGAAUUAGGAUAAUAAGAGUCUGAGGAGCGCUUUGCCAUAAGCUCACCACCAAGUUACCAAUACCAUGUUUAAGAAAACUAUUGAUCUCUCAAAAGUCACACACAUCUCAUUAACAUUAUUAGGACAGUGAGGAGUUUGAUUGAACACAAGCUAGUGUUGCCCCAAACAUGAUUGAGUUGAUUUCCCACCUAUAGCCCACUGUACCCUCGGGCCCCAGCUGGCCAUGCCAACCAUCUCUGAUUAUCUUUGAUUCUGACCAUAAGAAGACUGAAUUACUUGUGUGCAGCUGGCAUGUUCUUAUGACCUGGAACAUAAUGGGACUGUCUCUAAUAGGAAGAAUGCAUAAAUACAUUGAAUAUAUUGUCACUUUUCCGUCAUUUACAAGCAAAAUAGUUUUUUUUCCACAAUUAAUUGGGAUCCAAAUGGUGUUAAAAUAAAUACCUCAACUGGGACGACUGGAACUGGAAAAGAACAGCAAAGUUAUGUUUUUAACCAGGGCAAUAACAUCUUCCAAGAAAAAAAAGUUCUGUCCAUAACAUCUUAUUGGCAGUGGUGUCACCAAUAAAGAAUUUGCUCACCACCCGACAGCCAUUUUGGAUUUUAGUGGAUCUGAAACGUGUUUCAAAUAUACCUCCAGAACACUGGUUACUGUUACCAUUAUAUCGUACUGGAGCAGUCUGAUGGACCCUACAUUAAAUGAAUGGGGAGCGCAAGUAUCGCUUACGUCUGGAUAUUUACGGUCAUUGGAGAACGCAUCCAAAACUCUACGGCCACAAGUUGGUCUUCAAGAUGGAUCGGUUCAGCCAUGACUAUUGACAACACAAACUUCCUUCUAGCCCAUUUUUUUGUAAAAGUUGAUCUGGUAUCAGCUAUGAACUAUGGGAACGAUUCCCAUGACACUACAAUUAGUCGUGCCUCAAUUAUUUUCACUAUGAACUCCAAGUGAUCAGCUAGAAACGAAUCAUACACUAUUUACACUUGAUAAACUGAAAACUCUUUAAUUUCAAAAGUGAUUUUUUUUCCAAUCAGGUGGAAACCUGUAUACUUAUGCUAUCAAUGCACUUUUUUACUUUGUAAAACCAACCAAUCUAUGAAGUUUUUAAUGUGUAUUUUUUUCUUCAUCUGGAUCUAUGACAGACCCCUAUAAACGUACAUUAUGCUUUUUGAUGUCUGUAUAAGCUCAGAUCUGUUCCUGUGAUGUAUUCAAUACAUUUCAAUAUGCUACAGAAUACACUAUUAAAGUUCCAUUGCCAUUA